UAAAGAACAUACAGACUGAGGCGGUGUUCCACGCCAUUAUCUGCUGGGGUGGGGGGAGCAUGGCCAGAGACAGGAGCUGACCCAACAAAGCAACCAAGAGAGCCAACUCCACCCUUGGCCAGUGUCCAGUCUGCAUGGAUGAACGAGGAUGCCUUCAUAAAGUCCACAUUGUCCCUGCAGUCAACGCUCAGGAGCCGAGAAGCCAGACUAACCAACCCCUUCCAAGUCAGCAUCCACUUGACCCAGAAGACCAGCAGCUUCACCCAGCAGCCCCCCAUCAGCAUGACCUCGCCCAAGGUUGUGAAACAUGGCUCGACCCACAAGACCUGCGCGUUACUCAGCAUCUCGGAUAACGUGCUUCAGCCUGCCCCUCCUGGUCUGGCGCCCCCAGAUGGCCAAACGUCUCCAUCGCCAGCCGCCCAGAUCACCUCCGAGUCCCCCGCACAGCCGCCUUUGUUCCACACAAAGAGCUUGAACGACGUGGAGAUCUGCGACAGUUUCCUGCUGGGGAAGUGCCCCGAGGGGACGUCGUGUCCAAAGCAUCACACGGCCUUGCCAUUCCACUGGCAGCUGUGGUGCCUCAAGACGCUGACCUGGGUGGAUGUGCAAUCUUCUGCCCAGGUUCUCCUGGAGCGUAAAUACUGCAAAGUGGACCGGGACACUGUCUGCCUCCAUGACGGGAAAAGGCUCCUAAAAGUGCAUUUUGACACCAUGAAGAUAUCCUGCUCAUCCACGUACAGCAGCGUCAGACGCCUGAGCAACUCUGAGAGUCACCCGUACUUCCCCGCCAAGUGGCGCAUCUACUGGAGGGACCUCUCAUAUUGGAAGGAGUACACCCAGGGCCAGUCCGACUUUCUCCUUAGGAAGAUUAGCCAGAAGGAACCACACUGUUCUUUAAUCAUCGAUGCCAAGAAGUACAAGGUGGACUUUACCAACAUGACCCAAAUUAAUGUCAAGACCGGCUACCAGAGGGAUGUCCGCUGCGUAGCAGUUUACCGCUCGCCUGAGUCCAUGCACCCUUACUUGAAGACAGAGCCUGCCCAGCCUUUCCUUCAGCCCAACUUUAGUGUGGACCCUCUGGAGGACUUCACCUCCUGGUACCCUCCAGUGUGGUCUUUAGACUCAAAACAGGACAUGAACCUGGUGAAUGUUCCGGCCUGUUCAAGGGCCUUCAAGACUGUCCAGAAAGUCUUCAAUGAGGGUCUGCAUGAGAGCGAGGUGGACAUUGUCAGCAUCCAUAUGGUCCAGAAUGCCCUGCACUGGGACAAGUAUCAAAGGAAAAAGGUGUCCAUGCAGAAAAAGCACGGCAGCUGCCAGGAACCUUUGGAGCGCCAUCUCUUCCACGGCACUAAUCAAAAGGCCGCCAAUGACAUCUGCCAGAACAACUUCGACCCGUGCAAGCAUAUAUCCAGUAACGGCACCUACUUUGCUGCCUCAGCCAAAACGUCCCAUUUGUACACGACUUUGGGGGAGCCUGAUGGGGUCCGCCACAUGUUCUUAGCAAAAGUCCUGGUGGGGAAGAAGAUCUUGGGCCCGUAUUCUUGGCAAGACCGCUACGACGCCUGCGUUAACAAAACAUAUCUGCCCGACGAGUUUAUCGUCUCUGACAGCUGUCAGAUCUACCCCUACUUCUUCAUCAGUUUCAAAGACGAGUCCGACUUCAUCGACUUCGACUUCAUCGACAUUUGACACGGUCCACGUUGGCAAAGAAUGUUCCGUUUGUCAUCCACAAAGAAAGUGAAGCACCGGCAUGUACCAGACGGUCUAUUUCUAGGCCAGGGGUCACCAACCUUUUUGAAACCAAGGGCUACUUCUUGGGUACUGAUUAAUGCGAAAGGCUACCAGUUAGAUACACACUUAAAUAAAUUGCCAGAAGUAGCCAAUUUGCUAAAUUUACCUUUAACUCUGUUAUUAUUAAUAAUUAAUGAUAUUUAUCUUUGUGGAAACACUGAUAAUCUUAAUGAUUUCUCACAAUAAAUAUAUAUAGAAACAGAUAAAUAUCAAUAUGCAACACUUUAUUUUUAUAUUUUCUCUUAAGUGCACAUUUUUCAAAUUGAACAUUUUCAAAUGAUCACUUCUAAGACAGUCUUGUGAAAUCACAAUAUCCCAUUUUAACUAGCCAGCCACUAACAUUUUUUAACAAAUCAUGAAGUACUUUGCACCAUGUUUGUACAAAUAAUAACUCAUGUAAAAUACAAAAGUAAACGCUCAAAUUUUUAAAUCAUGUCACACUUUGAACUGGACACCAAAUCUGUUAUCUGUUUCUUUGUCAGUUAGUGGGAAGCCUGCCAUUGCAUGCUGUUAACUAGUGUGUUGUACUCUGGUGUGUAACUUGACACUGCAACUCUGAGUGAGUCUUGCAGAUGUGCAUCAGUGAGGCGUGUUCUGUUUGUUCUUGAUGAAGUUCAUGUCAGAAAAGGCUGAUUCACAAAGAUAAGAUUGUUCCUCAUUGUUUGCGGAACCUUCUUAAUCUUUUGGACAUAUUUUCACAGCAAUCUGGCUUUAAGCUUAAUUAUGAUAAAUGUAAAAUGUUAAGGAUCGGAAAUCUAAAGGGAACGUCCUUUCGAAUGGAAUGCAAAGUGCCUGUUUUGUGGACAGAUGGACCAGUUAACAUACUUGGUGUUGUUGUCCCAGAAAAUCUGGAAGAUCUAGGCUCAGUAAAUUAUGAUAAUCGACUAAGAAAGCUGGACAAAAUUAUGCAAUUAUGGAAAGGGAAAUUCCUAACCUUGUAUGGUAAAAUGUCUAUUGCCAACUCGUUAAUUAUUCCUCAAUUUAUUUAUUUGUUUUUGUCAUUACCAGCUCCAUCACAAAACUUUUUUAAGAUUAAUGAGCGGAGGGUCUUCGAUUUUGUCUGGAACGGCAAACCAGAAAAGAUUAAAAGAAAGGUUUUGUACAAAGAGUAUGAAUAUGGGGGCCUGAAACUUCUCAACCUUGAAGCUAUGUGUCUGUCUUUAAAAGCAUCAAUUGUUCCAAAGAUGUAUUUAAACAUUGAGUGGUACACAAAUGUCCUGUUGGACAAAAAACAUGUACUGUAUCAAAAGAAAUGGUAUCCUUUUUUACAAGUGAUCCCCUCCCAGAGAGUCUGCUGGGAAACAUGGCGGGGUUCAUAAAGGAAACAAUCCACUCAUAGUGGUGUUUUCAAUUUUAUGUGCCAGAAAAAAGAGACGAUAUUUUGCAGCAGUUAAUAUGGAUGAACUCUAAUAUUGUAACAGAUGGAAAGCCUUUCUUUUGGAAAAAUAUGUUUGAAAGAGGAAUCAUUUUUGUCAAUGAUAUUAUCAAUGAGAAUGGUAAAAUUAUGAAGUAUGCUGAAUUUAGAGCUAUGUAUGGUGAUGCUUGCUCAAGCUUUUCAUUUGAUCAACUAACUGGAGUAAUUGGGAAAAGAUGGAAACAAAUAAUUAAUUAUGGAACUACUAAAUUAUUAGUUUGUAAACCUCUAAUAAGAAAUUCUAGUUGGCAAAAAGGAACUAAAAUAAAUUGAAAAAAAUAUAAUUUUUAUUUAAUAAGGAAAUCUUUGAAGGCUGCCUCAUACAACACAAAUGGAAAAUGGGAGGACUUUUUUGAUUGCCCGUUGCCAUGGGAUGCCAUAUUCAAACUAAUCUAUAAAACCACUAUCGAUGUGCAAAAUUGAUAUUUUCAAUACAACUAGGUCACCCAAAUGGAAGAGAAAAUGUUGAAGUCAUUGGACUCAUUCAAGAUACAACUCAAACAAUACAAAAUGAAGAAAUACCAACGUGAUUUGAAUGACUACAAAGAGGGAACAGUUUACCAAUGGCAAAAACCAACCUACAGAGGAAGACAGAGAAUCAGAGCCAAACCAGGUGUCUAUCGUCAAUCUGAUGACUAUCCCUCAGCUGUGAGUGACCAAUCAAGUGAGAGUGAGGAUCUGACAACCAACCGCAGAGCACCUUUUUUAGAUCUACCCCACCCACACCAACGUGGAAGAGGAAGAGGAAGACGAGGCGGGGCAAACGAGGGAAGAGGUCCACCCAGGAGAUCCCCAAGACAAUUCAAUCACCCAUAGUGAAUCUGUCUAAAGUUCCACUCACCCCAGCCCAAACCUCAGUUCUAAAUAAAGGUCUUUCAUUUGCAGUAACCAACAAAGUCAAUGCUUUCAACCUAAAAGUUGACACCUAUAAGUUCAUGAGACAACUUCAUUUGAAACACUUUUUCUCUCCUCUCCAUAAAAAUGCAGCAUAUUCAACUGAACAGUCAUCACAAAGUGAAGAGAGUAAAACUGGAACACAAAAACCUUCUCCCUUUGCUCCAAAGUCAUCAUUUUGCCCUUUCACCAACCUAAGCCCUGCGAUUUUGACAUUUAACAAAUUAGUUGAGAAUGAUCUUGAAAAAAUGUUAAAAAAAGAUAAAGGCCCAAAAUACUCAAACUUGAGUUCUGAAGAGCGCAAUGCAUUAGAAGAGUUGGAGAACAAUCCAGAAAUCACUAUCCGCUCAGCAGACAAAGCAGGAGCUGUGUGUAUCCUUGACACUGAAUACUACCAUCAGAAAAUGCUUGAACUUUUGAACAGCCCCACCUACAGGAAGCUAGAGAAAAAUCCUAUGGAUGAAUUUAAAUCUGAAAUUGACAGUCUGCUGAAAGUUGCAUUCGAAUCAAACUGGAUCACAAAAAAUGAGCAUGCCUAUCUGACUAACCAGCACCCAGUCACCCCCAUCAUAUAUUGUCUUCCCAAAAUCCAUAAACAUCCUACAGAACCCCCAUUGAGGCCAAUAGUCUCAGGAAGAGGCUCAGUGACUGAACCAUUGUCAAAAUAUGUUGACUUCUUCUUGAAAGAUUUUGUGAAAGACCUACCCGCCUACCUUGGAGACACAAAAGAUGUACUUAACUGUCUGACUGAAUAUACUGCAAAUCAGAAUACAAUAUUGGUGUCUCUUGAUGUUGAAAACCUAUAUGGUUGCAUUCCCCAUGAAGAUGCUUUGAACUCUGUGGCCUAUUACCUAUCCAAGAGAGAAGCAACACACAAUCCCCCUAAUGAAUUUCUAUUAGAAUUGUUACACUAUGUACUGAGUCACAACUACAUGCUGUAUGACUCCAAAUGGUAUCUCCAACAAGCAGGGACUGCGAUGGGGACCGCAACAGCGCCCUCUGUAGCUGGAUUAGUGGUAGGGAAAUGGGAAGAAGAAGUCAUACAUGACCCAAAUAGUAACCCUUACCAUUCAAAUAUAAAACUGUACAAACGAUACAUUGAUGACAUCCUGAUAUUUUGGGAGGGGACGCAAGAAGAAUUGAUGGACUUUGUGAAAUAUCUCAACAAUAGUUCAGCGUUCCUUAAAUUCACCUGUGAACAUAGCACUGAAAAGAUUAAUUAUUUGGAUUUGAGCAUACAUAAAGAUGAAACAGGAGCUAUUCACACUUCUAUUUAUAGAAAAGAUAUGGAACGAAAUUCAAUAUUACAUGCCACAAGCAAUCAUCCCAAACCCCUAAAGGACAAUAUCCCAGUGGGUCAGUUUUUGAGGCUCAAACGCAACUGUUCAGACCUUGAGGACUUUCACUCCAAAGAAAUAAUCAUGGCUGCUCGGUUCAAAGAAAGAGGUUAUGCCUCUAACUCUAUUCAGAAAGCCAUACAGCGAGCUAAUACUACUGCUCGUACUGAUCUCCUGUCCAACAUUCAGAAAACUAAGAAUCCAAGCCGGGCCUGUUUCUCCACUGAAUUCAACCAUUGUGCUUCACAAAUAAAGGAGACACUCAAGAAACACUGGCAUGUGCUCCAAGCAGAAGAAACACUAAAGGACCUCUGCAAAUCCCCACCUCUUUUUGCUUUCAGGAGAGCGCCUACAAUUAAAAACAUGGUCAUGUAUAAGAAUAUGAUUCCCAAAAAGACCACCACAUGGUUGACAACAACAACAGGCAUGUAUAGAUGUGGUAACUGUGCCUGCUGUAACAAUACAACAAAAACUAAAUCAUUUAACCAUCCUCACACUGGGAAGAAAAUUCCAAUAAGGGAAUUCAUCAACUGUAAGUCAACUCAUGUGGUCUACAUGCUAUUAUGUCCCUGUAGCUUAGCCUACAUUGGAAAAACCAAAAGGCCGCUAAAACAAAGAAUAUCUGAGCACAAAACAGCAAUUCGUACAGGCAAUAUGGACUAUGCCAUUGCAAGACAUUGUGACAUACACAAAUGUGUUGUCACAUUUUUGUUUUUUUAUGUAUUUGCUUUUGUAUUUUUAAGAGCCUCAGUGUUCAGUAGAAUGAGCAGUGAACUGAUAAUUCAGGCACAGGCCUAUUCCACCUUUCGCCACCAGGUGGCAAAACCCCUUCUGUGAGACAGGUAGUAUAGGUGGUCACGUGACGUCUUCUCUUCAGAUGAACAAGGAAAGAGAAACGUAACAACACACAAGCUGACUCUGUCUCCUUUUUGUCCUGUUUUAUCAGGUAAAUACAAUAUUAGAACAUACUACAUGUUCUCUAUGAGCACUUUAUGGUGUAAAGCAAAGAUUCUCUUGGUUCUUUACCAGAAAUGUCGUGAUUUUGUAGAACUUUGAUGUGUGAAGUGAAUCUCAGUGUAAACAUACAGAUUCAUGGCAGCCAUGUUACUGCUGCUUAAAAACGUGUCCUUUUGUUUGUUUCUGUGACAGUAUUAUGUUGCUCCCUGCAGUAUUUGAAGCUCCGUUUUUCUAGUGUUUUAUAUGAGUGAUGCCUGUUGCAUUUGAGACAGUAUAUUUUCGUUUUUGAUUUAGUUAGUUGUUUCUCUACUGAAGUGCCUUGUAAUGAAUCUUACUAGUCCAUUGUGUUAUGCCAAUGCAGUAUUUAGCCUACCUUUUGGGGUCCAUAUUUUGUGAAUUGUGGUUUCAUGAUAAAUGCCAAUUCAUGGUUUGGAUAAAUAAGUCCAUGUUUAUGUGGAACGUUAAAGGACAACUCCGUUCUAAAAAUAUAAUUGGUAAAUGCCAACGUUAAGAACCAGUUGAUUGAUACUGUGAACAUAAAACAUAUGGGAAUAUGAAGGAAAUGAUGUUUAUUGUGAUUUUGAUGAUGAUGUGUAAGAAAAGAAGAAGAUAUGGGUUUAUUGUAAUUUUGUGAAUGUGAUAAUUGAAUACUGAAACUCUUUAAACAGAAAGAAAGAAAGUGAAUUAAGUUGAUAAUUGUUUAAUAAAUGAGAUGAACAAGGAAAGAGAAACGUAACAACACACAAGCUGACUCUGUCUCCUUUUUGUCCUGUUUUAUCAGGUGAACAACACUGCAGAGCAGUUUGUAAAAUAUAAUCUGUCAACAUAGCCACACCCCUGGGGCGUGUUACAGAUUCUUGGGGGCUCGUCCGGGAUUGGCUCCUCCCACCGACCUGGAGUCGAUCCCAAAAUCUACAUCGGUGACCCAGAGAGAGAGACUUGCCGAUGCGACGUGUCGGACCUGUAUUACACAGACCUGGUGAUGCGACGUGCUGAGUGCGUGGCCCAGAGGGAAAGCUGCUGAUGCGACACGUGGUGCCCUGAGCCGAAGGAGAACUGUCAUUCGCUGAGAGCAGAGACUGUUUGAGAGACUUGGACUGAGCGACGAGUGGUGGGAAAGGGACUUGUCAUGGCGGACAGAGCGAGGAAGAACCUGGUCUGGGAGAUCAGGAAAGGCCUGCUUUCGUUGUCACCUGAAGAACUUUUCCAAAUUGCCAAGGGUGUCGGCCCAGUUCUAGACGAAGAUCCGUCACAGCUCGACAGUGAAGACGUGAAUGGGUGUUUCGACCACAUCCAUGAGUUCAUGCACAGUAAGCGACUGCUUGAGUCUGAAGAUACCGGUAUGGUUGAAUUACUUUUGUUGAAGGAUGCUAUUGAUAAGGUCAUGGAAUCUCACAGUAAGGUUACUUUACCAGUUGAUUCACAUGCACGUGAAGAGCCAGAGCUCAUUGAUUUAGCCUCUGGUGGGGUCAGCCAGCCAGACACAGCUAAUGUAACUGGUCUAGUUAGUGUAACCUCUGAUGAUAAUUCUCAGUUACACACUGCCUCAGGUAUUGCUACUACAGCUAACUCAGUAAAUGUUAUGCCAGAUGAUAUUCAGAAAAUGCUUGAAAGUUAUGAGGAUUUGAGUAAGAAACUACGCCAAUUCAUGAGUGUGCCCACCUCACAUCCAACCUCACAACCCACACUCCAGAGUGUGCCCACCUCACAACCCACACUCCAACACCCUCCUCCAUCAAACAACAACACACCAUUCUUGCUCAUGCCCACUUCUCAUCCUCCCCCACAACCUGCACCUGUACAGCACAUUCCACUGAACAACCCACCAUUCAUACCCAUGCCCACUUCACACCUUACCUCAAAACCCACACCUUCACAGCUUCCUCCCCAGAACCCUGACACCCCACACCAUACACACGAGAAGAUGGUGUCCCUGAGAGACUUGUCUUACCUUCACCGCCGUGAAUUUAAAGUGCAAGGGGGCCAGAUCGGUGAUCAUUCUUCUGACAUCAGCUACACUAGCGUAUGCCGGCAGAUCGACGAAGGAUUAAAGGAGAACUUCGGUGACCUUGAAAUAGUGAGAGGUGUACUACGGAUCAUUAAGCCUGGAGAUUUCAAGGACAUGCUCAUGAAUAAGGAGGAUAUGACCGUAGCAGAGCUCAAGGGUUUCCUUCAGUCUCACUUGGGAGAAAAGAGCAGCACAGAACUUUUCCAAGAGCUAAUGUGUGCUAAGCAAAAUGAACAUGAGACCCCUCAACAGUUCCUGUAUCGUGUAAUUGGUCUGAAGCAGAGAAUCCUGUUUACAUCGAGACAAGCUGAAACUGAGAUUAAGUGCAGCCCAGAGACAGUCCAAGGUGUCUUCCUGCACACCGUGUACCAAGGAAUAGGACACAAGCACAACGAUAUCCGCAGAGAGCUAAAGCCCUUACUCUCUGACAGCACAGUAACCGAUGAGACAAUCCUGAAACAUGUCAUGAAAAUAACAAGCGAUGAGAGUGAGCGGCGACGCAGAUUGGGAUCACUACCCCGGCAGAAGCAAACAGCUGCACAUAGUGCCCAAAUGGAGGUAGAACCUGCAAAAGAGUCUAACCCGAAGAAAGAGACUGUUGAUCGUAAAACCAAGACAGACAAUAUACUACAGCUCACAGAGAGGAUCGAUGUGUUGACUAAGCUGGUUGACUCAUUGGCUGCAACUGUGGAGAAAGAUCGUGCCUGUCGAUGUUCGUCACCUAAACCUCAAGCAGGUAGGAAAGAGAGACAGUAUGGCUGUCCAAAGUGUCUUGAGAAGGGUCUACAGGACUGUAAACACUGCUUUUACUGUGGCGAAGAGGGUCACCGAGCAGUAGGCUGCUUGAAAAAACCUAAGCGCCAGGGAAAC